CAAUCAGAUUUUCUGUUGCAGAGGCGGAAAUUACACCAACAGCAGUUGAGGAUAUAAAUUUCGCGGGCGCGGUCCCACCUCAAAUCCUCCCCAACGUUUUCGUCUCUCACUCAGCCUACUAGUCACAGACCCAACUGAAAAUGGUACGUUACGUGCGACAGCUUUACUUCAGUCGUACUAAACUGUUGUUUUCUCCCCCCCGUGUGCGCAGGCCGACCAGCUGAACGAGGAACAGAUCGCCGAAUUCAAGGAGGCCUUCUCCCUUUUCGACAAGGACGGAGAUGGGACCAUCACCACCAAGGAGCUGGGCACCGUAAUGCGCUCCCUCGGGCAGAACCCCACGGAGGCCGAGCUGCAGGACAUGAUCAACGAGGUUGACGCCGACGGGAACGGCACCAUCGACUUCCCCGAGUUCCUGACCAUGAUGGCGCGGAAGAUGAAGGAGACGGACUCCGAGGAGGAGAUCCGUGAGGCCUUCCGCGUGUUCGACAAGGACGGAAACGGUUUCAUCUCAGCCGCCGAGCUGCGUCACGUGAUGACGAACCUCGGGGAGAAGUUGACGGAUGAAGAGGUGGACGAGAUGAUCCGAGAGGCUGACAUUGACGGAGAUGGCCAGGUCAACUAUGAAGAGUUUGUGGCCAUGAUGACCAGCAAAUAGACUAAUAGCCACUAUCCUAUUAUACCCACAUUUUAUAUUUUCAUCUCUGUUUUUUUGUCCCCUUGUGCUGUGUAACAAUCGCUGUUGAAGAAUGAAAAACAUCUUGUAGACAUUAAACUACUAA